UUCCUCGGUAAAGGUUUCGUUUUUCUUGGGCUUUCCACUGUAUGUAUGUAUCCUGUUUGGUACAGUAAGAAGGUACAAAUGCAGCCUUGUCUCAUUUUUUGCUUUUCUACUUAGUGUUACAUUUACUGACAGUCUUUUCAACUUCAAGAUUGGUUACGCAAGCUGGAGUGGUGUUUUGUGUGGACAAGGUUCCCUUUGCAUCAAUCUUCUCGAAGGAUCUAGCAUUUGAGUAACUUGGAACGAGCUCGCAUUUUCCUGGACUGGGAACAGUUCAAAGUCUCGGUCACUGACACUUACAUCUUGACCCCAGUUUGGAGCUUCUUCAACAAGUUAUGUGAUCUUCGCUAUGACUGGCAACUGAAGACAUCGUGAACAUGACGUAGAAACUCGCACGCCAGAAUAUAAAGGGGGGUGGAGGUCGGAUUUUUCUCAUUCUCGCAGCAGCAGAAACAGAGCAAGAUGGCAGGCGGCUACUUCGCCCAUCUCGGUUCUCUCAUGGGCUUCAUCAUGAUUCUCAAGCAGAUAGUUCCUUCUCACAUCUGGUUCCUUCUGGAGCUCAGGCUCAGGAGGCUGGUAUCCUGGCUCUGGUGGGAGACAGCGCUCUCAGUUCCCGAAUACGUCCGCAACAACAGCAACGAGAUCUACGACCUGGUCGACCUCUACGUCGCACAUCUCACCGAGACCAACACCAAGAGCUCGGCAAACAGGAUCCAGUUCACACGAGUGAAGAACGCUAGCAAGCCGAAUUGCAACCUCGCCAGGGGCGAGCGAGUGGAGGACAACUUCAAAGGGGUGACAUUCUCCUGGGUCUUCAACGUCACCGAGCCGUCCAACCGUGAAGGCUUCAGCUAUUUUGAUCGAAGUGGAGGAACACGCCGAGCGUACGUUGUCCAAGUUCACAGGAGGCACAUGUAUACACUCUUGCCGGAGUACAUGAGGGAAGUUAUCAAGCUCGGGGAGAGCUUGAAGCGACAGAACCAAGACCGGCAGCUCUACACCAACAUGGCAAACUCACGCGAGUGGGUCUACAGGGACAAGCCGUGGAGAUCGGUGCCUUUCAAGCAUGCCUCGACUUUCUCGAGCCUGGCGCUGGAUCCCGAGCUCAAGAACAAGAUCAUCCAGGACCUGGACUCGUUCAAAGCUGGAAAGGAUUUCUUUGAGCGGGUUGGCAGAGCUUGGAAGCGUGGGUAUCUCUUGUACGGGCCUCCGGGGACUGGGAAGUCGUCACUCAUCGCUGCCAUUGCGAACUACACGCAGUAUGAUGUCUACGAUAUGGAGCUGACGGAGGUGCAGAGCAAUGCAGACUUGAGAAAGCUGCUCAUGGGGAUUUCCAACAAGGCGAUCAUCGUGAUCGAGGACAUCGACUGCUCGCUGGAGCUCAAGAAGAGGGGGAAGCCGGCACCGGAGGAAGAAACCGAGGAGAAAGAUGGAAAGUCCGAGAAGAAAAACAAGAAAAAGGAGCAAGAGAGCAGCAGGGUCACACUUUCGGGGCUACUGAAUUUCAUCGAUGGGCUGUGGUCUUGUAGCGGGAGUGAGAGGAUCAUCAUCUUCACGACCAACCACAAGGAGGAUCUAGACCCUGCGUUGUUGAGGUCCGGCAGGAUGGACCUCCACAUUUUGAUGGGCUACUGUGGAUUUGAGGCGUUCAAGGUGCUGGCGUGGACUCACCUUGAAAUCUCGCAACAGGAGCAGUUUGAGGAGGAGUUUGGAGAGAUCGAGGAGCUGAUCGCCAAGGUUGAGAUCACUCCUGCUGAUAUCGCAGAGGUGUUGAUCCAGAACAGGGGGAACUCGAGAGGGGCUCUAGAGAAAGUGAUUGAGGCUCUCCAGGAUCGAAAGGAGCAGGCUGCAAAGAAAGAGGAAAAUGAGAACAAGCAGGAAUGAGAUGUUGUGAAGUCCGUAAAUAAUGGCUAUCAUGCUCACAUGAUCUUAAUAGUAUGAAAAUGAAAGAAUUGACUUGGGAUUCAACGCUA